AUGGAUCACGGCCAUCGUCCGCUGCCUUGCUGCCCUCUAGUCCGUAUUCGCAAUCAUUGCUCUCUUCAGUGAGAUUGACACGCUCAUUCACACCAUCGUCGCUCUGCUCCUUGUUGAUGUCGCCGUCCCUGCUGUUACCAUCGUAGUGAUCCUUUCGUCACAUGCUUUCCCUUUUCCUCAUCCACAAAGAGCGCGCAUCAUCCACCGCGCGGACCAUCGUUGGACUCUGCACGUUUAUCGGUGCCCGCUUGGUCUACACUCCGUCUCUUCUCAUAUUAUUUGAGCUACGACUUUUACAAGGGCCAUCGAUCUGCCGUCUCGGAACAUUGAUCAGCACAGAUCCCGCCGCCGGUACCUGCUUGAUCCUUCUCUCUCACAGAACUUGUUCAAACUUUCAACCUUCUUCCAAGCCGAAACUCUCUUCGCUAUCUGCUACGCCGGCGACCUCCAAGUGUCGGCUAUUAUCUUCCGGGCGCCAGCCAGGUACAAGACAUUCUUCGAACCUUCGCUUUAACUUGCCUUUAACCUUCCGCAACUAUAUCGAACUCCGAAAACAUCACGCUCCCACUGUUGCACGCCCUUACGCGCUGUCCUCAUACGCCUGUAUCCAUAUCCACACUCAUCAUCGACCGGGACGUUGUGAACGCAAUCCAAAGUCGAUCAUCUUUCAGCACGUCGUUAACUGCGCUCUGAGGUUUGGUCCGGACUCCGCUUCGCGAUCAUCUGUACAACAUCUACACAUCGCGCAGCGAUUCAAAUCACAGGAAGUUUCGAAGACUACAUGACAUAAUAAAGCCUUGUUCAUCGAGCGCAAAAGCGCUUGCUCUGGUCCCGCAAAUCUGACUGUGUUCGCUUCUAUUCCUACCUGCGUU